AUGCCUUCCCUAAGAAUUAGCUAUGAUUACCUUCCUCUCUACCUAAAACAAUGUUUCAAGUAUUUUGCUUUAUUUCCUGAAGAUUAUAGAUUUAACAACUUAGAGGUCACAAAUUUUUGGACUGCAAUAGGAAUCAUAGACAAAGAUAAAAAUUACAUGGAAGAACUAGUGGACAAUGGUUUUCUCAUGAAGGAGAAUGAUGAUUUAGAGGAUCAGCACUAUGUACUGCAUGAUUUGUUGCAUGUACUAUCUCGGAGUGUUUCAUCACAAGAAUGCCUUAAUAUAUGUAGUAGUUUAAAUUUUAGAGCUGAUGCCAUCCCACGAUCUAUUCGACACUUAUCCGUCACAAUGGAAGAUAAAUAUGAAGAUAAUUUUAGCGGUGAAAUGAUUAAAUUGAGGAGAAAGAUAGACAUUUUAAAUCUACGAACUUUGAUGAUUUUUAGAGACUAUGAUGAUGCCCUUGAUGAGAUUUUGAAAGAAACUUUUAAGGAAAUAAAGUGUGUUCGUGUCCUAUUUAUAGUGGUGAAACCUCCAAAACCUUUCCCAUGCAACUUUUCCAAUCUUAUCCACCUUCGCUACCUAAAAAUUGCAUCGAACUUUAGCUCAGAAAUAACUUUGCCUAGCACACUAUCCAGAUUUUACCACAUGAAAUUAUUGGACCUAAGAGAUUGGCAGGGUAGUGAUAAAUUGCCUACAGACAUUAGUCGUCUUGUAAAUUUAAGCCAUUUUUUUGCUAAAAAUGGACUCCACUCCAAUGUUCCCGAGAUUGGAAAGAUAAAGUGUUUACACGAGCUAAAAGAAUUUUGUGUUAAGAAAGAGUAUGUUGGAUUUGAAUUGAAGCAGCUAGGAGAAUUAACAGAACUCGAAGGAGAGCUCAAUAUACACAAUCUUGAGAAAGUGGCAACCAAGGAUGAGGCUAUGGAAGCCAAAUUGGUGUUGAAAAGGGACUUGAAAAAGUUGAGAUUGUCUUGGAGUACAGAUCACCAACAUACAACAGAAUCAGAUGUUCUUGAUGGUCUUGAACCACAUCCUAAUCUUGCAGCACUUGAGAUUGUAAAUCAUGGUGGUUCAACAAGUCGUCCUCCUCAUUGGUUGUGUGGUGACAUUAGCACACCAAAUCUGGUGUCUCUCCACCUAGAGGGUUUGUCUUGGGAUACUCUUCCACCUUUUUGGCAGCUCAAGCUACUCAUAUCACUCACGUUACGGAACAUUUCUGGAGUUCGUCAAAUCAGUACCCCCGGCUUUGAUGCACUUAAAUUACCCUCGGGCAGAUGUUUUGUGCACCUGAAGUAUAUUGUUCUUGAUGGUUUGCCCAACCUUAUCGAGUGGGCUGAGUCAGUGCCUAAUUCGCAUGCUUUUUCAAGGCUUGAAUACAUUAGUUGCAGCCGUUGUCCUAACCUCCUUGCACUCCCCUUCCUGGUGGAGUGCCCUCCCGGCUCUUAUGCUCACCUGUUUGAACUUAAAAUUUCUGACUGUCCUAAGUUGUGUGUGCCCCCCAUGCCUCACAUCUCCACCCUAACAUCCUUUUCCGUUGAACACAGUUCUUCCUCAAGGCUGUCUUAUACUAGUCAUCUUGGCUUGUCUCUUACUUCCUAUACAGGUGCUUUAGCCUUCCAUAACAUGUAUAAAGUAGAGUGGAUGUUUUUUAAAGGUGUAUCACAUAUUCCAUUGUCAGAGCUAACUAAGCUUAGAACCCUAUGUUUUGCUGAAUGCAACAUCACAUGUCACGGACUCCAGAACUUCACGUCGCUCCAAGAAUUUGCAGUAGAAAAUUGUGGCAACUUCUUUAGGUGGCACAUCAAGACUCCAUUCUUCUUCCAUGCUUCCCUCAGGGAACUUGAGAUCAUAGAAGAGUCAAGCAUACGGUCAAUGUCUCUCCUCUCAAACCUCACGUCUCUCACCAAACUAUGGCUGCGCAGUUGCAAGAAUUUAACAGUGGAUGGUUUCAAUCCUCUCGCCAUUGUGAACCUCAAGGAUUUGGAUGUCUAUAAUAGGGGAAUUUAUCCUGUCUCUAUAGCCGCUGAUAUUCUUUCAGAACUGUUAGUGGCAGCAAGGACGAUGACCAAACUAGCAUCGCCUUUCCACCAACUGGAAAGACUUUCUGUGGAUUGCAUCUCAGCCGUGUUUGUGGAUCCCAUCUGCAGCCUCAUGGCCGCUACCGUCAAGGACUUGAGCAUCUGGUGUGAUCAUCGGACGGAAAGCUUGACAGAAGAAGAGAAGGCGCUUGAGCUCCUCACGUCCCUCCAAAGCCUACAAUUUUGCGAGUGCCUUGCUCUGUUGUCCCUUCCUCAAGGGCUACACAAUCUUUCUUCUUUAAGGUUACUACGAGUGAUCAAUUGUCCACGAAUCCGGCCACGGCCCAACGAGCGGCAGCUCCUCCCGACUUCACUGCAAAAGCUAUACCUGAGAGGAUGCAGUGCCGAGCUACAAGAACAUGUCGAGGAAUUACAAGCAACAAAUCCAGAUUUGCAGGUAGAUAUGCUCAAGCCCGGCCAAGAGCCUAUCUGUUCCACCCACGUCCAAACCUCCACCACCGCUGCCGCCCCACCUUCCUCCACCGCCGCCGCCGCCAUGUCUUCCUCUUCCUCCACCCACGCUUAUGCCCCUUCCUCCCUCGCUGCCCUUGGUCACAUCAUCACCGAGAAGCUAUCCCGAGACAAUUUUCUGGUGUGGAAAGCUCAAGUACUUCCUCACAUCAGGGUUGCCGGCCUCAUGGGGUAUCUUGAUGGUACCACCACGGCGCCCCCUACCGUUCUUCAAACUGAAACGGACGUCGCCGGGAAGAAGGAGAUUAUCUCCACCACCAACCCUGCCUACUCCAUCUGGUAUACCCAAGAUCAACAAGUCCUCAGCUUCCUGCUGGCCUCGCUCUCCCGGGAGGUUCUCCUGCAAGUUCAUGACAUCACCUCAUCCACCGGGGUCUGGCACAUGAUCUUGCAGCUCUUCGCCUCACAAUCCCGGGGGCGCGUCAUGCAGCUUCGGGGGCAACUCUCCACAACUCGCAAGGGCGAUCUCUCUGCGGCCGCCUACUACACCAAGAUGAAGGGCUUCGCCGACGAGCUUGCUGCGAUUGGCAAACCCGUUGAUGAAAAUGAGGUCAUGUCUCAUCUACUCCACGGGCUGGACUCCGACUACAACUCCUUCGUCUCGGCGAUCUCCACCCGUGCUGCAGCCGAUCACCCCAUCGGCCUCGACGAAGUCUACUCCCUGCUCCUCUCCGCCGAGUCCCGCCUCGAAGCACAGAAUACCACGCUCUCCCACUCCAUCAACCUUGCGUCAAAAGGGGGGGCGUGGUUUUCCUGCUCGGCCUGCAGAGGGGCCCGAUCAUCGCUUCGGUUCCAGCGGCGGAAUCUGUUCAUCCAGGAGCUGGCGACGCUGAUGAUUUUAUGUGUGCAGAUCCUCCUGCAGAUACGGCCUCCACAGAAGAUCCGGUCGGCGCUGAAAACGGGGCUGAUCUCCCUGCCAAAUCAGCCUCGGGAUCGGCUCCUCCUACUGGCGCUGACAACGGGGCUGGGCGGCGCCUCCGACACUCCCGCCUCGGUAUCUCCUGCCGCCAGCGGGCCCUUGCUGGUCCCCUCGCACAUGUCGCCUCCCGACCCGGUCUCGGGGUCCGGUCGCGCCGCGUCAUCGUCGCCUGCACAGGAUGACUCCACCUCGGGCCUCCCGCGGUCCCGCGUCCACCCACCCGAUCGGCUUCAGGUGGUUCCUGUCGCGGUUGCCACGCCUCGCCAGGAGCCUGCUCCGGUCGGUUCUGCUGCCGACCCGUCGCUCCACGCGGCGACACAGGACUCGCCGGCCUCCCCGAGUGUCUCCUCCUCUGCGGUCUCCUCUGACCUCCCUGUCGCACAGCACCGUCAACAGCAACUCCUCGCAGCUCCUCCGCCAUCGUCAUCAACAUGUGUUACUACCCGCUCUCGUACUGGUGAACCGCAGAAUUUAAAAGAAGCACUUGGUCAUCCAAAGUGGAAAGAAGCUAUGGAUGAGGAGUAUCGUGCACUCAUGGACAACCAAACUUGGCACUUGGUCACACCUCGCCCAGGCCCCCCGUGCAUGCUACUCUCGCUUGUCUUUCAAGCUCCAGUCUCUUGGUUUUCAACCCUCCAAGAGUGA